AUGUCAAAUAAUAAGCGUGCCAAAUAUAGUAAUUUUCAAAAAACUCGCGAUAAAAUGCCGAAGAGCAAAAUUAAUCAUGGCCCCUGUUCUAUCUAUAAUUGUGAUAAAAGCUCUAAUGAUUUUCGAUGUUUAAGUAACUUGGCUAUAAGAAAAGCAUCCGCUAAAGGAAAUCUUCGCUUGUAUCCUUAUUUGCAACCCGGUUAUCAAAUUUGUAGUCCACAUUAUACGGCUAUUGUUGAAAAUCAAUUACCUGAACCAACAUCUGCGCCCGCACAAGCAUUUAUUCCAACAACAUUACCAGUUAAACCAUCAAUUGAAUUAUUGCUUACUCCAACUGAAUUUUCACAGUCUGAUAAUGAAUUGCCAAACUAUUAUAAAACAUCCGAUGACUAUGAAACAACAGAUGAUGAGCAUUUAAAUAAUGAAUCGGUUGUUUCUCAAGAACAUGUAUCUAAAAAAAAACGAAAUUGUGGAAUGAAUUUAAAAACUACUUUAGAAAAGAAGCAUCUUAAAUAUAUUGAACGAGUUGGUGGUUUUGCAGUAUCCGGUGGAGCUCCACUUGUCAAAAUAGUAGCACAAGAACUUUUCCCAGACAAGUUUACAGAAAAUACAAAAUUUUCUUAUUCUAAACUUAGUUCCAAUCAAUCAAAAAGACUUAAUGAUGAACUAUCGACAAGGUCUAAGUGGAAGAUUGAUCAAAAAUGUUUAUGCAUACAUAGUUCAGUGUGUGAAAUAUAUACUGACCAAAUUGAACGAUUAUGCGCGAAAUGUAUCUUACUUACAAAGGAUCCAAAUGCACUUUCUAAACCCAUGCCGAAACCAGAAAAUCGACGCUUCACACCAAAAUUUUAUUUUAGAAAUAAUCUGAUUUUGAAAUUUCUUGGAAAUCUACAUAUAAAAGAACUCUGGACUUCAAUUUCUAAUACCAAUGAAAAUAACUCAGCUCUUGCAUCAAAAUCUGGCGAAUGUAUGUCUGACACAAGUAUAUGUUUAGAAAAUAUGGCAUGCUUUAAAAGAUUAGCCGAUUCUAUGAACUAUAAAGGGCCAGUUAUUGCAAUGACAGAUAAUACUAAAGUUUAUCCCCGUCUUGGCUAUUUCGCAAAUCUUGGAUGUAUUAUUGGUUCUGUUUUUUCGCUUGACCAAACAAUGGUUAAUGAUUAUAAUGAAGCAGAAUCAGUUAUUCAAAAUAUAAUUUCGAACAAUGCAAUAGCAAAGCAAGUUCGUUUGUAUUUACUUCAAAAUUUGUUACGAAUUAUUGUUCAUUCUGAAGUAGAAAAGGAUUAG